CUGGACUCUCACCCCCCUCGACGUCGCGGAGUUACAAACGCAUUGCUCCCUAUUCCGCCAUGGCUGACGUAGAGACCCGCUUCAGAGAGUUUGAAGAGAAGUCGGGACUGGAGACGGAGACAGCGACGGUCGCCGGGUCGUUUGUGCCGUCCGACCCGCCCGCGCUGCAAGACCUCCCGAUCGAGGACUUCCCCGAUGGCGGAAAGGAGGCCUGGACCGUCGUCCUCGGAGCGUGCCUCGCAUUGUUUGCGUCCGCGGGGAUGGUCAACACGUAUGGCACGUUCCAGGACUACUACGAGGCGACGCUCCUACCGGCUUCCUCUUCUUCGACAGUCGCCUUCAUCGGAUCCUUGCAAAUUUUCUUCCUGUAUGCCGUUGGCACUCUCACCGGAAGAGUCUUCGAUGCCUACGGAACAAAGUACCUAAUUCCCGCAGGCACGGUCAUCACCGUGUUCUCGCUCAUGAUGGUGUCGCUGUCCGAGAAGAACCAGCCAUACCAGGUGUUCCUCUCGCACGGCGUCCUGUUCGGCUUCGGUAUUGCCCUCCUGUUCAACCCCGCCGUCGCCGUCCUGGGGCACUGGUUCAAAAAACGCCGCGCGCUCGCGAUCGGGGUCACGACCGGUGGAAGCGCAAGCGGCGGCGUCCUCUUGCCCAUCAUCCUCGAAAAGCUGAUCCCAGUCGUCGGGUUUGGUUGGGCCGUCCGCAUCGUCGGCUUCAUCCUGCUGGGGUUGCUCAUCAUCUCCUGCGUCACCAUCCGCACGCGCCUGCCCACCUCGGGCCACCUCUCGUUCCGCACCGCGAUCGACCUCGGCGGCUUCCGCGACCCGCGGUACACGCUUGCGGCGAUCGGCGCAUUCCUACUGUUCUACGGCUUCUUUAUCCCGUACUUCUACAUCCAGAUCUACGCCAACUUCCGCGGGGUGCCGCCGCACAUUGCAAAGUACCUGCUUGCGAUUAUGAAUGCAACGAAUAUCCCGUCGCGAAUCCUGCCUGGGUACAUCGCGGACAAAACCGGACCCCUCAAAGUGUUCGUCCCCGCAGCCGCGAUAUGCAGCGUCCUCCUGCUCGGACUGUGGCUGCCGUCGCGCAACUCCGCGUCGAUCAUCGCGUUUGCGGCGCUGUACGGUCUCUUUUCAGGCGCGUUCGUGUCCCUCCUACCUACCUACAUCGCAUCCAUCUCGCCCCGCGAGAAGCUUGGCGCGCGUCUAGGCUCGGUGUACAUGGUCGUCGCCGUCGCCUCGCUCGUCGGCACGCCCACGGGCGGCGCGUUGCUGAAGACAACCGACGAGGCGCACUUCCGCAACCUCAUCAUCUUCUGCGGCGCCCUGAGCGUUUCCGGGACGCUGGUGAUGGCCAUGGCCGGUAUGGUGGGCUCAGACUCGCUCCGGCGACACCUGCCGUGGGGCCGGAACUCCGAGGAGAGUGUCGCAGAGAAGAAGGAUGCCGAGGCGUAACGUGCGAGAACCUAGACUGACCGGAGGAUGUUUAUAUUGUAAAGUUUAUGAAUAGGAAAGCAGGUAACAUACGACUAAGUAUAACCUGGUCUUGACCUCUUUUGUAAUCCUAGUUAGAUGCACAUAAUCGCCCAAAUAUUGUACUUCACUUGCC